CCCACUUGACCCGCACAGCUUACCACGACAGCAUCUCCCGUGCCAUAAUGGCUGAUACUACUACUACUGAUCUCCCAGCGUCAUGGCACACCGGCCCAGAAGACUCAUUUCAUGGCAAGAUCACGCCCGAAGGACCUUUUCAACCGGAAAAGGAUCGUUACCAUCUAUAUAUCGGCCUAUUCUGCCCGUUCGCGCAUCGCGCCAACCUAGUAAUCCAUCUCAAACAACUGCACAAAUAUGCCGGCAUUGAAACGAGCAUUGUACGACCAUAUCCCAAAGGCGACGGUAAAGGCUGGCCCGGCUGGAGAUUCAACGUCCAAGGCGCGGAAGACAACUAUGAGGGCGCCACAGACGAUCAGCUCUUCGGCAGCAAGUACUUGCAUGAGCUGUAUUUCAAGGCCGACGAGAAUUACAAGGGCAGAUACAGCGUGCCUGUGCUGUGGGAUAAGAAGCUGAAUACCAUUGUCAAUAAUGAAUCCCACGAACUCCUCCGCGAUCUCCAAACCGCCUUCAACUCUCUCCUCCCUAACGACCUAGCCAACAUAAACCUCUAUCCGGAACACCUCCGAUCCCAAAUCGACGCCCUCUCCCCCAUCCUCCAACGCGACCUCAACGCGGGAGUCUACAAAGCCGGCUUCGCCCCCGACCAAGCCACGUACGACAAAAACGUCCCACCCGUCUUCGCACUACUCAACCUCCUCGAACGCCUCGCCGCCUCCAAUGGAGGUCCCUACCUCCUCGGGAACCACCUCACCGAAGUCGACAUUCGCGUCUACUGCACCUUGAUCCGCUUCGACAUCGUAUACGUGCAACAUUUCAAAUGCAAUUUGAGCAUGCUUCGAUACGGAUAUCCCGUACUCUACAAUUGGCUUCGAGGGCUCUACUGGAAUGAAAAAGUGCAUCCCGCCUUUCGGGAGACGACCGAGUUUCGUCACAUCAAAGAGAACUAUACCAAGAGUCAUGGGGAGAUCAAUCUUCGGGCGAUUACGCCGGUGGGACCGUGGCCGCAUAUUGGCGCCGGGUAUGAGGAGGAUUGGAGUAGUGUGCGAGUAGGGGACGUGGAUAUGCCGGAGGUGAAGGAGUGUGAGAGGACGUUGGAGGAGGAGCUGAAGAGGUCAGAGGCGGAGAAGAAUGGUGGUGGGAAUAACAAUAAUGGACAUGGAGGAUUUUCGUUGGAUAAUUUCAAAUGAGAGAUUUUUGUGGCUUGCGUCUGUCGAAUCUGUGAUGAGCAAGGUACCUAGGGUAGCAAUGCCUACGAUUAUCUACCGCGCAUGAGCCGACGCGGAUAUCGACAUGUCUUGCGAAAGAGACUUCCAGCCGUAUGACACGGAUUAAGAACGCAGAGCGAAGAAGUGGUCGGGUCUCUUGCGCUCUUCCUGAGCCAGGGAGUUCGUUCCUCUUCCUCUUCUUACGUUCGUCACCACUCCGCAUCGUACUCCACCGACUGUCGACUGCCGGAAAGUAGCAGCAGCCGAACCACAUGGACCCAAUACUCCGGGUCUCCACGCAGAUGUUAUGUUUUGGACGUCGGUGCCGAGACACAGUUCGGGCAGACAGACAUGAUACAACUCUCAGCACAGCAAAUGAAUGAAAACUGGGUUCUUG